AUGUCAAAUGACAUCAUAAAAUCAGUAGGUGGCGCAUCUAGAAUUCAUCCGAACGAUGAUCCACAACAGGCCUCUGGUAGAACAUUUUUCAUUGAUGCUUCGAAUCGGAGCCUGACUACCAUCCCAUCAGAGAUCUUGCAGUUAGAAGAAUUAGAAGAAGCGCAUCUGGAAAACAACCAGAUUGAAGCAAUCCCCCCGGGCAUCCAGCGUUUAAGGAAUGUCCGGAUCCUCUAUCUGAACAGGAACAAGCUGAGCGAGCUGUGCCCAGAGCUGGGCAAGCUGGGCAGCUUGGAGGGCCUGGACCUGAGCCACAACCCGCUCCUGUCCUCGUCCCUUCCGGUCCUCAGCAGCCUGCGCCGCCUGCGCGAGCUGCGCCUCUACCACACCGGCCUGACCGAGAUCCCCAUCGUCAUCUGCAAACUCCUGCACCACCUCGAGCUGCUCGGGCUGAGCGGCAACCACCUCCGCUCUCUGCCCAAGGAACUAGUGAACCAGACCAAACUGAGGGAGAUCUACCUGAAGCAAAACCAGCUGGAGGUUUUUCCCGCCGAGCUCUGUGUUCUCACCAACCUGGAGAUCAUUGACCUGGACGAGAACAAACUCGCCGUCAUCCCCGAAGAGAUUGGGAACCUGAAAAGGUUGCAGAAGUUCUACCUAGCUUAUAACAGCCUGCCCGUUCUCCCAGAGACGCUGGGCCACUGCAGCCAGCUCUCGGUGCUGGAUUUGUCCUACAACCGCCUCCACUCGAUCCCGCACACCCUGGCCGAGCUGGUGGGGAUGACGGAGAUCGGGCUGAGCGGCAACCACCUGGAGAAGGUGCCGCGCCCCGUCUGCAAGUGGAUCUCGAUGCACCUGCUCUACCUGUGCAACACCGGCCUGCGGGGGCUGCGGCGCUCCUUCCGGCGCCUGGUCAGCCUGCGCUUCCUGGAUCUCAGCCAGAACCAUCUGGAACGCUGUCCCGCGGAGAUCGCGGCGCUCAAGAACCUGGAAGUCCUGGCGCUGGAUGAUAAUAAAAUAUGGCAGUUACCGCCAGACUUCGGCUCACUUUCAAAGCUGAAGAUGCUUGGGUUAACAGGAAAUCAGUUCCUUUCAUUUCCAGAAGAAAUCCUUUCUUUAGAGUCUUUAGAGAAAUUAUGCAUCGGGCAAGACCAAGGAGCCAAGUUCACCUCUUUGCCAGAACACAUUAGUAAACUACAGAGUCUUAAAGAGCUGUAUAUAGAGAACAAUCAUCUGGAGUACCUGCCUACAUCCUUGGGAUCAAUGCCUAACCUGGAAAUUCUCGACUGCCGUCACAACCGCCUUAAACAACUUCCGGAUUCCAUUUGCCAGGCACAAGAUUCAGGCAUGGUGGCGUGGAAUAAUGGUCCGGAAAGGAUUGGGGAGGUUUGA